CCUCUUCGUCGCAAAAUCACAAUGACGUCAUCUCUUCUUCUCAUUUCUAACCUCACAAUGGAGUGGAUUGAAAGCAUGGAGCGCUGGCAACUUCAACUGUUUUGCAUCCCCCCUGUAGUCAUCUCUUUAGCUACGUUUGUGGCCAACCCUGUUCUGCUGGUGUGCAUUUUUCUGUCCCGUGCUUUGCGCAGGGAGACCCGCUACCUGCUGGUGGCCAACACCCUGGUCGCGGACAUGCUCUUCCUCAUCCUCAACUUGGUCACAUUGAUUGGUAAUGCUGUGAGAGCAGAGAUGCCCUGGUUUGUUUGUGAGCUACUCACAGCUCUCCUUGUCACGGCCUACAGCUGUGCCAUCAUCACUGUGACAUUCAUGGUGGUCGACACCUUUGCCGCCGUCCGCUGGCCUCUCCGUUACCAUAACCUUCUCUCGCCUGCCAAGACCAACAGCAUACUAGGGGUGGUUUGGUUGCUGUGCGCCAUUUAUCCGUUCACCUUAAUGGUGAUGAUGAAGGAAGAGAUUCCCAACGACAAUGUAACCGUGUGUCUGGCUCUCAUCUCCCUUGGUUUCUUUAAGGUCAAGAACAUAGGGGGGAUCGACAUGUACUUUCUUGUGGCAGCACUGAUCUGCGCUUUUUUAAUUUCUUACUGCUACAUCCGGCUUUACAUGGUGACCAGGACGCAGGGAAUUUGGCACAGCCGCUUCUCCAGGGCUCGGGUCACGGUGCUGGUCCACGGGGUGCUGCUGCUGCUCUACUUUGUCCCUGGCUUUGUUUUUGCCCUGGAGCUCUACAUCUUUCAGGAGAAAAAAGUAAGCCAGGAUCUCCGUGUGUGGAUCAGCACAAUCAAUGCAAAUUUUCUCAUGCUGCUUCCCAGAGCAUUUGCUCCUUACCUGUAUGGGCUGAGGUACCGAGAUAUUUCUGAAAGUCUCACACUUCUGCUACACUGUCACAGAAGAAACAGAGAAAACAGAUUAUCAUAAAGACUCUUAAGAUUUGCCCACAAUUAAGACAUUUUACCACUAGGCUUGUAUUGGGGACUAUCUAUUUUUGUUUGAUAUGUCCAUUGACUGUACAUACACAAUGCCAUCAGGGUGAGAUUUUUGUAACUGC